AUGGUCGAAAGCUCCCAACAUAAUCUCCCAGCAAGGAUGAGAGUUUCAAAAUCACUCCCUAUGAUUUCUUACAUAUUGGUUUUAGCCCUAUAUUUUUCUUUUUACACAAUAACACCAAUUUCUUCACACUCCCUACAAGAUGGCUUCAUAAAAUGUCUCCACAAAAACACAUAUGUUGAUUUUCCACUCGAUAAAACCUUCUUCACUCCUGAAAGAAAUGCCUCAACCUUUAUCGAAGUCAUUGAAUCGACGGCUCAAAAUUCACGGUUCUUGACCAAGUCACUACCUAAACCGAGUUUCAUAUUUAAACCGAUUCAUGAAUCUCACGUUCAAGCUUCCAUCAUAUGUUCGAAGAAACUCCGAAUUCAUCUCCGUGUUAGAAGCGGCGGUCAUGAUUUCGAAGGCGUGUCUUAUGUUUCGCAGAUCGAAACAUCAUUUUUAUUGCUCGAUUUGUCGAAACUGAGAAAGAUCAAAGUUAAUAUUGAAGACAACAGUGCUUGGGUUCAAGCUGGUGCUACACUUGGUGAACUUUACUACAGAGGGCAGUUUCUUGGCGGAAAAGGCACUCUGAUUGAGGUUAUGAACAAGGGUUUUCCGGAACUAGGGCUAACUCUGAAGGAUUGUACCGAAAUGAGCUGGAUCGAAACCAUUCUUUUUAAUGGUGAAUUUCCGACGAAUACUCCUAUUAAGGCUUUGCUUCAAGUAAAAUCACCUUUCGGAAAACCUUCCUUCAAAUCAAAGUCGGAUAUCGUGAAAGAACCUAUUCCUGUUUUAGGUCUUAAAGGAAUCUUCAAGAGAAUGCUUCAAGAUCAAGAACAGCCUGCUUCGUUUCUUGCUUGGACUCCUUACGGUGGAGCGAUGGCUAAAGUUCCUGAAUCCAAGAUCCCUUUCCCGCAUAGAAACGGAACCAUCUUCAAGAUUCUUUAUAACACAGACACAGAGAAGAAGCCUACAAGACACAUUAACUGGAUCAGAGAUCUGUACAGUUUCAUGACGCCGUAUGUCUCAAGCAAUCCAAGACAAUCAUAUGUCAACUACAGAGAUCUAGACCUGGGAAAGAACACGAAGAACACGAAAGCGAACUACGAGAAAGCUCAAAUCUGGGGAACUAAGUACUUCAAAGACAAUUUCGAGAGAUUGGUGAGGAUUAAAUCAAAGGUUGAUCCAGGUAACAUCUUCAGACACGAGCAGAGCAUCCCAACUUUCCCUGUUUGA